AUGCAGAGAAUGUGUGCUUUUAUGCCAUUAGUUAAAAACAUGAAAAGAUUGUCAAAUGUUUAACAAACUAAAUGUGUAAUGCAAUUCUUUAUUUGAAGGUUAAAAAUAUGUAGCCACAGCAAACAUGUGCAUUCAUUGCACUCAAUACUUAUAAAAGUAUCAAGAAUCAGACAGGCGAUUUGCUGAUAUUCAUCUUAUUAUAACAGAUCAUUGUGCAGUAAGGGUGAAACAUCAGAGAGGAGCUGUGAUGAACAUGAAUUUGUUUGUGCUGUUUCUGUUGUCAGGACUUCUGUGCAGCGCUUCUGGUCUUUGGCGAGAGUAUCAGUACAUCAACAUAAGUAUGUCAUGGACAGAAGCUCAGAGUUACUGUAGAGAGAUAUACACUGAUCUGGCUACUGUAGACUCGAUGGAUGAUGUAAACAGGAUGAUGAAAAAAGUGAAUGAUGGCUACAGAGGAUCAGUGUGGAUUGGACUGCAGACGGCAAACCAGAAACGUUGGGUUUGGUCAAAUGGAGAAGACAACAUUUCAUACAAUCAAUGGGCACCAGAAGAACCUUUUGGAAGUGGAGACUGUGUAAUUCUUUAUAGUAAUGCUUCGUACGAUUAUCCGUGUGAAACCCCUUUAUCGUCUGUGUGUUACAAUGAAAGUAAUGGAUAUGUCAUAAUAAAUGAUGUGAAGAACUGGACAGAUGCACAGAGUUACUGCAGACAGUAUCACACUGAUCUAGCCUUUGUCCACAACUCGCGAGAGCAGCUACAGCUAUAUGCAGCUGUUGUAGAUUUCUGGAAAUGGGCCUGGAUCGGUCUGUUCUUGGACUCUUGGCAGUGGUCUGAUCAAUGGAAUCUCGCCUUUAGAAACUGGGCACCAGGACAACAAUUCCAGAGGCUUGGUGACUGUGUUGCCAUGUCAACAACUGACUCUGGGAAAUGGGUUCAGUACAGCUGUGACCAAAAGUACCAUUUCAUCUGCCAUGGUGUGGACAAGUUAGUUCAAAAACAAACUGUCAGGCUGAAGUUGUCCAAUGAUGGGAAACACAACUUGACUGAUCCUUUACUGCAGACUGCCAUUAUGAAUGAGAUUAAUAUAAAGCUAAAGAACCUUGGAGUGGAGAACACACAGAUAAAAUGGAGAAAGGAUGAAGAUGGAGAGGUGUUUCAUCUGAGCAAACGUACAGUGAAUUCAAGACCUCCAUGUAACAUGAAUCCCUGAACUUGAACUCUGCUUCAUGUUUACGCUGUUCUUUUUUUAAUAUAUAGAGAUUGAUGUGAUCAUGAAGUUAAUUAAAUCUCCAGUACACUCUUUUUUUUCUGAUUUUCUAAGCUACUUUAUGCCACUGUUAAUGCUUUUGAUUUAUACAGUAGCUUUUAAAUGUAGUGACUUUUAAAAAGCACUAUAUAAGAUAAAGUUUAUUGUUGUUAUUAUUACAUUUUUCUCAUAAUUUAAUUGGCAGGAACAGUAUGAAUGCUUCUCCCAUUUCCAGGUGAAUCUUAGACAUCUGUGCAGUAUCUGUGAAACAUAAAACACUCUUUAUACACUGAUGAUUCAUGUAAAACAUAAAUGUAGAUUUAUUUAGAUAUUUAGAUAAUAUUUUAGAAUGAAAUAAAACUUGAAUUGUAAAAUUAGGAUUUUUUUUACAUUUGAUUAAUUCUUGUAAAACAUAUAGCAUUGAAUGUAGCCACUGUAUAUUUAUAUUUAGAGUAGCAAUUUUACAAAAGUUAUUUGUUCCUUGACCAGUUAUUUGCGUCUGUCUCUCAUUAUUGGUAUAUAAAAGGUGAAUGACUGGUCUGAACAAAGCAAUGUGCUGAAAUGUUUGUUUGCACUAAUCUUGUUUUAAAGGUUUGCACCUUUUGCAGUAUGCAAAAUAAAUUAAAAAAGAUACAUAUUUGAUAAAUUGUCCUAACUGUGGAUGCAAUUCAAUGUUCAGUUUAAUCCUCUUCUUGUGCCACACACUAAACAAAUCAGAUUUAUACAUAUGCCCAACUGUCAAGUCUUUCAAAAUAGGCCUGGGCGGUAUAUUGAAUUUUUGCAAAUAUAACUGUAUUUUAAUAAAGGUAAUCGUGAAAACUCACAUGAGGCUUUGACUGGCACAUAUUCAUUCCACUUUGUUGAUAAUACAGAGUCAUUAUCGUAUGUCGACAUCGCCUGCGUUUGGUUUCAUCCGUCCCUGUUCCUGACAGAACGAACAAGCCAUAACUGAAACCAGCAGCGAUGCCAAUGGGGAACGACCAGUGCCUGAUGGCUAUUGCCCGACGCAGGGUCACGAGCCAGGAGAUCAGGGAAUCGAAUGCCCUGAUCGAGAGGUUUCUCUUUGAGCUGUGCAGAUUAGACCUGGAGCAGCCACCACAGCCCCAGCAGCCUGCGCAGCCACCACAGCCCCAGU